GUUUGCCUUUAGUUUGGAUAUAAAACGGUCUCACGGGGAAAGCGACCGUUGAUUGUGUACUUCCACCUGUGCUAACUGCUGAUUUGUUGCCUAUUUUAAGUCAAAAUUUUAAAAAGUAUUUGACUUUGGAUAUACCUAAAUAAACAGGAUAUCACACGCAUAACAAGAUGGCCGACACAGUCCUCGCCUCACAAUCUGUUCUGCUGGACACAGGGGCUCAGAUGCCCCUUUUGGGUUUCGGCAUGUACAAACUCAAUCCAGAGGAGGUGCACCGUGCUGUGGACGCCGCCCUGGCUGCAGGCUACCGGGCCUUUGAUAGCGCAGCCGUGUAUCAAAAUGAAGCCGAGCUGGGUCGCGCUCUCGUGGAGCUUUUGCCCAAAUAUGGCUUGACCCGAGAGAGUGUCUUCAUCACCAGUAAACUGGGGCCUAAAGAUCAGGGGGACAAGGCCAUGGAAGGAGCCCUCAGCAGUCUGUCGGAACUGGGGAUGGAUUACAUCGACCUCUACCUCAUCCAUUGGCCUGGCACUCAGGGUCUGGAUGUGACUGACCAACACAACUCAGGUAACAGAGCUCAGAGUUGGGCCGCCCUGGAGGAUCUGUUUAUUCAGGGGAAGCUGAAGGCCAUCGGGGUGUCCAACUACAUGCCCGCUCAUAUGAGGGAGCUUAUGCAAAGCUGUAAGAUUCGCCCAGCGGUGCUGCAGGUGGAAUUCCACCCGCACCUGUGCCAGGACGAGCUGAGGAGCAUCUGCAAGGAGUGGGGAGUGUGCUUCCAGGCUUACACCUCCCUGGGGAAAGGGGAGCUGUUCACAGACCCAGUGGUGGCCGAAGUGGCAAAGUCUUGCAACCGGACCCCUGCACAGGUGCUACUGCGCUGGGCAGUGCAGCAGGGAAUCCCCGUGCUGCCCAAGUCAGCCAAUCCGGAGCGGAUCAAGGAGAAUGCCAGGAUCUUUGACUUCACACUGUGUGAGGACCACAUGGCGCGACUGUCUGCCUUGGAGCGAGGACGCAGGUUCUGCUGGGAUCCUACCCAAGUGGUUUGAUGGUACUAGCAUAUUGAACUCCCGACUAACGUUGGGAGCCUCUUGUGUAACCACAAAUCACUCUUGAAUCAUUUAUAACAUGAUUUAUUCAAGACAGCAUUUAGAUUCACAGCUGUAGAGAAAAUGUACAAAAUGCAACUUUUCAUCGAUUUUCCAUAUUUGUUCAAGUAAUACCAAGUUGCGAAACUAUACAGGCCCGAGUAUUUAUUUAUUUAUUUUAAAUUUUGGAUUGGGCUUAAGCAUCAUGUGUAACAGCGUGCAGUUUAAGGCGGUACCGCGUGGCCGACGUUGCAUUCAGAACAAGUUCAAGGCAGUUGAUUGGAUUCUAGCUUCUUUACAUCGUUCUGCUCUCUUCCGAAGGGUGAACACUCUGUACUUGAUAGAUGCAGGUCAACAACAUCGUUACUUAAACAAUUAUGAAACAUUUGAUACAAAAUACUUGCAUCACUAUAUUUUUUUAGCUUUUAAAAAGUGUAAAUUUAAAACCCAAACUGUAAAAAAAAACAUUGUACAGUAUAUCAAUUUUAGUCUGUUCAUAACCACACAAUCGGGAAGAUAUACGUAUAUUCAAUUAAAUACAUGGUUGAAUGUUAAAAAUAUUGAAGAUUGUCUUGACCCGCCGUCUUUUGAUUCCAUUUGGAGAUGCUACAAUAAAACCAUUCAAAGACAGAACGAACGCAACAUUGACAAUUUUGUACUGACCCCAUAUAAAUCACAUCAUCACAUUAGCUGGCUUGGUUUAAAAAAAAAAAAAAAAUUCUCCAGUGUGAAGUCAUGUAGAGCGCACACUAAAAACGACUUUUUUAAGGUAUCUCUCUAAAUCUCUGUUGGGACAAAACAUCAAAUCAUCAAGCAUUCUUUUUGUGUCUUACCCGGCAGCCAUACCAUCAACACAUAUUCCACUAACAUCACUGCAACCACAGCAACGCCACGGUCAUAUUGAUUAUCGCCUUGAUAAUAGAAUAAUAGCAAAAUAUUUACACCUUUUAAACUUAAAAUGUUAUAGUUCUUUGCGCGUCACGAGGCUUUUAAAACAUCUCAUAUUGAAUUGUGCUUUUUUUAAAAGUCUUAAAAUGUCUCUUAUUCUCUUGAUAUAAUAGACUAACCCUGAACUUUUACAAAAAGAUAUUCAUCGAGAUUGUCCGUGUAUAAGAUUGUUCUUCUCUUUGACAUACGGCACUUUGCGAAAGUAAUUGGCCACCAUUAAAGACGUUGUCUGCUGUAUUGACUUUUCCUUUUUUCAGGAGCUUAGCUUGGGGCAUACAGAACAUAAAAAAGAACAUAAUAGACUUUUAUUUAAGCCAUCAUUUUUAUAAGAUGUAGUGUUGUAUGUUGUAUUUAAUAGUUUCUCCAAAUUUGCUUGCUUUUGCCUUUCAAAUAUAUUGACUUGUUUCUUGUAAUAUUA